UGUUCUCAUCUAAUUCCUUCGAUACCAAAAGAAGAAAACUGAUUAACAAUGGCUGACGCAACCGAGAAAGCAGAGCACGACCGUGUUUUCAAGAAGUUUGAUGCUAACGGAGAUGGAAAAAUCUCUGCCACCGAGCUUGGAGAUGCUCUCAAGAACCUUGGCUCGGCCACACACGAUGACAUUAAGCGUAUGAUGGCCGAGAUUGAUACCGAUGGUGAUGGGUACAUAUCGUACCAAGAGUUUUCUGAUUUCGCAAGUGCUAAUCGUGGUCUCAUGAAAGAUGUUGCCAAAAUUUUCUAAGUGGAGUUUCAAAAUCUAUAAUUCACUUGAAAAUGAUUUGAGGAUUAAUCAUGUUUAAUUUGUUUUUGUAAUGGCAUAUCAUUUGAUUAAGUAUGUAUUUUUGGUUAUAAAAGUAUAAAAUGUAGUUAACUCAGUGAUAUAUUAAUAAUAUUUUCUCCGUUUUCGAAU